CCAUUUGGAUACAAGAGCCGUCCCUUUCCACUGUUGAUUUGCUCCGUCUGUGACCCAGCUAGCGUCCCAUUUGCUCUGUCGUACGUGUUUGGUGGCCAUCGUCACCACUGAGCUCUGUCGAAGGUGUGUGUCGCUAUCUCCAUUCGUCUACUCAGGCCCUGUUCAAGGUGUGUCGCGCCGCUGUCGUGUCGUACGAACUGCUUGGUUGCGGCUUCAGUAUCGGCUUACCAAACCCUUACUCAUCUGGGAUUUAAAGAAUCAUGGCCAAAGCUGAAGGUGGCAAGGAACCAGUAAAUGAACAAGCAGUUGCAAAUAUGUAUGCUGCAAUGAGGUCUGAGCUCAACCAAAUUUACUCCAAAAUAACUGAACUGGAGAUGGAAGUUAGUGAGCACACAUUGGUUACCAAUGCCAUUCAACCACUUGACCAAUCUAGACGAUGCUAUCGUAUGAUUGGAGGGGUGCUUGUGGAGAGAACCAUCAAAGAGGUCUUGCCUGCUGUGCAGCGAAAUAAAGAAGGACUCGAAGAGGUUGUGGCAAGGCUUAACGAGGCAUUGGAAAAGAAGAAAAAGGAAAUUUCUGAGUUUGAGGCUAAAUAUAAAAUCAGGAUAAGGAAGGCUGAUGCUGAGGUGAAGGAUGAAUCUGGUAGGAAGGAAGGGUCUGCUCAAGGGGUUCUUGUGGGUCCUGCAGGUGGAAGUGAAUGAUUUGUCUAUUUUUAUUUUGUUUCCUCAAACUAGUAGCCAGAACUUGUCUUACAAUGGGGUGCAGGCAGUUUGAUGAUUUGUUUUUUAUGUAGACUAAGUGCGUGUUUGAAUUAGAUUCAUGUUCCAUCCAUAUAGAAGCAAGUAAAUGUAACUUCUGCAUCAUUUUGACGUGGUUUUGCUGCUUGAACGUGGAUCCAAGACGUGUUUCCAACCACGCUCAUUAGCAAGUAUACCUUGAUAUGACCUUAAGUUUAAUUGCUUUGGGCUGAAAAAAACUUAUCUUCAUUGGUUUGUGUUUAUGUAGAUUUUUGUAUGCAAGACUAGAGCAUAUAAUCGUGUGAUCAAGCUAUUUUGUCUC